UCGGUGAAUCUGUCACCACGCCAAUAGUCGUAUUUAAGAUCUUCUUCACCUUCUUCAUAGAUCUCAGAUCCCGACUCCGUCUCCUCCGCCGGAAAAAACAGACCUCAACAUAUAUCCAACGCCGGAGAAUUCAUCGCUUCGAUCCCCCGCAGAUCUAGUGAAUAAACUCCCGCAUCGGUAUCUCCUUUUUCAGAAGAAUAUUUCCACCAAAAUUGAAAACUAAAAUAUCCAUUUCAAUCUCGAAAUGAUUUUCCCCGUUGGAUUCUUCGCUUAAUUGAACUCGAAUUCUCUCCAUCAAUCUCUCAACCAAUUUCCUCUGUUUUCUCUGUUGCUGUUUGGGGUUUUUUUUGUUUCUCGAAGAGUUUGCAUUUUCAGAGAAAUUCGAAUCCCUAAGUAGUCAUGGCGCUGAGUAUUCGGAAAGCGAUCGGUGUGGUUAAAGACCAGACGAGUAUCAGCAUAGCGAAGGUAGCGAGCAACGUGGCUCCAGAUCUGGAAGUCGCGAUCGUCAAGGCUACGAGCCACGACGACGAUCAAUCGACUGAGAAGUACAUCCGCGAGAUCCUUAGCAUAACAUCACUCUCCCGUGGCUACGUCCACGCCUGCGUCACCUCCGUCUCUCGCCGUCUCGGGAAGACACGCGAUUGGAUCGUCGCUCUCAAGGCCCUCAUGCUCGUCCACCGUCUCCUCAACGAAGGUGACCCACUCUUCCACGAAGAGAUCCUCUACGCCACUAGACGAGGUACGAGGAUCCUUAACAUGUCUGAUUUUCGCGACGAGGCUCACUCUAGCUCUUGGGACCACUCUGCUUUCGUUAGGACUUAUGCUAGCUACUUGGAUCAGAGGCUUGAAUUGGCUCUUUUCGAGAGAAAAGGUAGAAAUGGUAAUGGUGGUAGUAGCAGUAGUCAUCAAAGUAAUGGUAACGAUGGAUAUGGUCGGGCUAGGGAUGAUUUUCGGUCUCCGCCUUCAAGAAGUUAUGAUUAUGAGAAUGGUAAUGGUUAUGGUAUGCCUAAGAAGUCUCGGUCUUUUGGUGAUAUGAGUGAGAUUGGUGGAGGAAGAGAAGAGAAGAAAGCGGCUACUCCUUUAAGAGAAAUGGCACCGGAGAUGAUUUUCGGAAAGAUGGGUCACUUGCAGAGGCUGCUUGAUCGGUUUCUGUCUUCACGACCUACCGGUUUAGCCAAAAGCAGUCGGAUGAUCUUGAUCGCAAUGUACCCGAUUGUUAAGGAAAGUUUUAGGCUUUAUGCUGACAUCUGCGAGGUCUUGGCUGUUCUGCUCGACAAGUUUUUCGAGAUGGAGUAUAAGGAUUGCGUCAAGGCCUUUGAUGCUUAUGCUAGUGCGGCUAAACAGAUUGAUGAGCUCAUUGCGUUUUACCAUUGGUGUAAAGACACAGGUGUGGCAAGAUCGUCUGAGUAUCCUGAGGUUCAGAGGAUCACGAGCAAGUUGUUGGAGACACUGGAAGAGUUUGUGAGAGAUCGAGCUAAGAGACCUAAAAGUCCUGAGCGGAAAGAGAUCGAAGCUCCUCCUCCUCCUCCUCAGGUAGAGGAGCCAGCGGUUGAUAUGAACGAGAUCAAAGCGCUUCCUCCUCCAGAGAAUAACACUCCUCCACCUCCACCCAAACCAGAGCCGAAACCACAGCAACCGCAAGUCACUGAUGAUCUAGUUAACCUGAGAGAUGAUGGCGUCACUGCUGACGACCAAGGGAACAAGUUUGCUCUCGCUCUUUUCGCGGGUCCUGCCAGUAGUAACGGGAAAUGGGAAGCUUUCUCUUCUGAUAACGGCGUGACAUCGGCUUGGCAGAAUCCAGCAGCAGAGCCGGGGAAAGCGGAUUGGGAACUGGCAUUGGUCGAGACAGCUAGUAAUCUAGAGAAUCAGAAAUCCGCAAUGGGCGGGGGUUUAGACCCGUUGUUACUCAACGGGAUGUACGAUCAAGGAGCAGUUAGACAACAUGUGAGCACGUCGGAGUUAUCAGGUGGAAGUUCAAGCAGCGUAGCACUCCCUUUACCGGGUAAAACCAACAGCCAAAUAUUAGCACUCCCUGCACCCGAUGGAACCGUUCAGAAAGUGAACCAAGACCCUUUUGCGGCUUCACUAACCAUCCCGCCUCCUUCGUAUGUGCAAAUGGCCGAGAUGGACAAGAAGCAGUAUCUGUUGACUCAGGAGCAGCAGCUAUGGCAGCAGUAUCAGCAAGAAGGAAUGAGAGGUCAAGCUAGUUUGGCUAAGAUGAGUCCAGCCCCAACCUCAAUGACUUCUGGGAUGCCGCCGGUUAACGGGAUGGGACCACCACCGAUGGGGUAUUACUACAAUAACCCUUACUGAUUUCAUUCAUUUUGUUCUUUUUCUUACAUAUAUAUAUAUAUAUAUUUUUCCGACCAAUAUAGAUGAUUAUAUGUCAUAUAUCUUGUGUUAUAAUCCGGUUUCUUCUUGUAUUCUUUCCGAUCUUGACUCUUCUUGAACUUGUGAGACUUUUGCCUCUUUUGAGUUUGAAAUAAUGAAGUCAUUUAAACCUC